AGAAGACGCACUGCUUAGCAUGCGGCUGUAUUUUUUAUUGAAAAGUUGAACUUUGAUAUUUUAAACCAAUAUUUUUAUUGAAAAGAUGGCAUGUAAGCCGCAACAUAAAUACGAUAAUUUUAGUAAUUUUCUGUUCCAAUGCAGUAAAUUUGUGAAUGCAAUCGAGAAUUAUACGGGAAAUGACCGAUUAAUCCCUUGGUACGAGUACAUAUUAUGGCUGGAAGAGAAUUUCGACAUCGAUUGUCGAAAGGAAACCAUCUUUGAGCAUAUUUUGGCCCGUUGUUUGCGUGAAUUUGAAUUUGAAGAACGAUACAAACAGGAUCGCCGAUUAAUCAAAUUAUUCAUCAGAUACAUUAAUUACCAAGACGACCAAGAUCAGUAUUACAAAAUGAUGGUAUCGAAAGGGUAUGGUACACGAGUAGCUGAUUUGUACAUCAACUGGGCAUUUUAUUUCGAUAAACAUGGCAAUUUUUCAAAAGCCGAUGACAUUUUUCGACAAGGUUUUGAGUCAUAUGCAAUGCCAAUUGAUCAGCUCAGAUACGUGCACGAACAAUUUGGCUUUUCAAUGUCACGACGAAUGCUCUAUCCUCCAAAUCAUCACCAUCGUCAUGAAGAUGAAUCACGAAUGAAUAAGCUACGCGAAGAAAUGUCUGUGCUUCGCAUUUCUGGAACCAUUUCGAAUCAUUCAAAGUCAUCAGCAUUUCAUCUGUUUGAUAGAUCGACACUGUUGACCAAAUGCGUUCCGAAUGCAACAUAUCAAUCCUUAUCACAAAACGUACACGACACAUCAAUUGUACUUCAAAUGAAGCACAGUUUGGAGAAAAAACGCCACGUACAAAAACAACCACCCAAAUUAUGUGCAAGUCGUUUUGAUUUUUUGGCAAAAACAUCGUCGGAAAGUACAAGCCGAUUAGUUAAACCGUUUAAUUAUGAUUUGCAACCAACAACGUCGUUUUUGAAACCAAGUCGAUUGCCAGCAAAAACACCAAUUAGCACAGCAAGCAAUUAUUUAGAGAGUAGCUCUUCAUCUGGAUACGAAAGCCUAACGCUGAACAAUGACAUCACAUGUUCGCCAAAAGCAAUUUGCUCGGACAAAUGGAUCACGCACCGAAAAAACUCCAAAAAAUAUGUUAAACCUUGCGAUACUGAUAACAAAAUCUCAACGAAAAAUUUACCACAAUCCGAAUGGAAUGUUCCACGCAUUGGGCGAUUUAGUUUUGAAGAUGAUCAACACAAAUUCAUGAUACCCAUGGUGAACAUUUAUCCGAAGCAUUCUGGUGACGAAUUUUCACUUGAAGAAAUCAUGUGGCAAAAACGUAAAACCAAAAGUUUGCAAGGGAAAAAUCCAAUCAAAGCUAAUGUGAACACAAAUCAAACAAAAUCGACGUUGGCAACCAUUGUACCACUACAGAUGAACAAAUUAUUGGCAGCAAAAUCAAAAAAACAGCUACUUGAUCGACCAAAAGCACCAAUUGCGGGCAUUUGGAGACAGAAUUCACGUGAAGCUAUCAUCGUCAAUGCAACCAGAGUGGUUAAACCGAAAGAAUUGCGUUUUAGCAUCGCUGAUAACAAGGAAAAUGAGUGUAAUCAGUGGAAACAAUCAACUCCAAAGAAAUAUAAGGCACAAAAUAUCGCCAAUUUUAUAUCAAAUCGACCCAAAGCAACUGACACCAAGCGUCCAAAUGCGCCGACUGGUUUUUCCCUUAUUAGACAGAAUUCAACAGAGGUCAUGACUCUUAACGCAAACAAAGCCAACAAUUACAAACCGAAAGGCACACGUUUCAACAUCUUUGAGGACAAGGAACCCCAAAUUUUGUAUAAAAAACAACAAAAAACAUUGAUUCCAAGAAAACAACGCAACGCUGAGCCUCAAAUCAUUGAAGAAACACAUAUCGAGAAUAAUAAUGUGAAAAAGCGUCCGAAGGCACCUGGAUUUUCAAUUUGGAAACAAAUUUCACGUGAUGCAAUUGUUUUGAAUACAAGCAGAGUGACAAACGUGAAACCAAAAGAAUUACGAUUCACCAUGUUUGGCAACGAUGAAAACAUAUUCAAUUCCGCACAUCCAUUUAAACCAGAUGAACAAACAGGUGAGCUUGAAGAUAUUGCAUGUGGUAUGACCAAAAAAACGACAAUUUCAAACGAGCCAUCAAAGCUGAUUUUGAGCCAACCGCUCCUUGAUGUCUUCAAAGGGAGCAAUAUUUUGAUCACUGCAAAUAAGCAACUGAUGGAAUUGUACGAUGAAUCAACAACUAUAGAACCAAUUAUGUCUAAGCAACCAACGACCUGUUCAACUCAGGCUAAGAAAUCAGCACACAAAUACACGUUUUCGUAUGAGUUGCAAGAAACAACUGAAGAAUUCGAGCGCCUAGAGGCAAUGUGCACUGCUGAUCUAAACAUCAGAAUCAAAACAGAAAAAUAACAUCAAAAAUCUAUCAAAAUCCAAUUGUUUAAAUGAUUGUAAAUAAAUUGUAAUGCGACACAAGAAAAUUUUAAGUAAAAAAAUAAAUUUUAAAUGUAUAUGUUUGUAUUGUAACAAUUAAAAAAGCUCAAAAU